AUGGACGCUCUACGCAAAUCCCCCAACUCGCUUAAUCUGCUCCAAUGGGGAAUACUCCAACGGCACUUUCCGCCUUCGGUCCAGAUUCGAGAGGUAUAUCCCCUGGAGGGGCAUCUACAUUUUGUCAGUCUCCUGAUACUUUCAAAUGGAGACCAAUGGCUUCUGAAAUGUCCACCUCGAUCAACAACACCUCUUCUGCGGCGAGAACAGCUCCUGCUUGAGACGGAAGCACGAGCCCUGUCCAUUCUUGGGCAGAGUGCAACUCCAUAUGUGCCAUCUUUCGUACAUUAUGGCUUUCAAGGUGGCCCUUUCGGGUCUGCCUUCCUAGUCAGACAUUAUGUCACUGGUUCGACCUUAAAGGAGAUGGGACCCCGACUUACGACGCAAGAACGCCGAAAACUGGACAAAGAUCUGGGAUCGCUGGUCCAGCAGAUCGGACAGCCCCUUUCGAGCUCCUUCGGCUCGCUUGAGCAAGUGGCCUGUGGGCGGGGAAAGCUCUCCUGGAGGGACGCUUUUGUCAUGCUCUUCGAGGACAUUCUGCGAGACUCAGAAGAUGCUUUUGUUCAUCUCCCCUAUUCGGAGAUUAGGCAUCACGUUCGCCGCCUGUCGUAUGCACUGGAAGAAAUCACCCUCCCACGGUUGGUAGUGAUUGGCCUAGGUCGGCCGUCACAAGUAUUUUUGGAUCCGGCGUCCAGAAAACUGUCUGGAGUGACGGGCUUUGGCCAUGCAUUAUGGGGUGACAUAUAUAUGGCAGAGGUCUUCGAAGACCCUUCGCCUGCCUUGCUCGAAGGCUUCGGCACUCGACUUACAAAGAGCGAGUCACAGGUGACUCGUCAAUUACUUUAUGCUUGCUACCGCUCUGUUCACAACAUCACAAUACACUAUUAUCGCGAUAAAGACAUGACGGCUGAGAUGGAGGCGAGGAGACGGCUAACGUCGACCUUGGCAGAAUUGAAUGCCAUUAGAGGGACUCGAUGAUGAAAACUGGUUGGCAACUAUCAGCUCAGUUCUCUUCGGUUGUUACACUCCUGACCAUCAGCGGGUCGGGAUGAUGAUUGCAUGACUGGAAUGCUCGUGUGCUUAGACUGUCCUUUGUUUGUAUAUAGCGAGAAAUAUAAAGAGUGCAAACUUUCCAAAGACCCUUGAUCGGAACCCCACGAUCUAGGUGGGUAGCCAGCACCCCAAAUCGCAUAUUGGUCGGUAUUCACAAAAGCCAGUUAUGAAUAAUUAUUACUGUAGAGGAAGUCUUUCGGUGAUUUGAAG